AUUCUCUAUUCACAAUUUUCACCUGUCAUUGACUCUGCGGGAAAUCGAUAUCAAUAAACAGAAAAGAUGGGGAAGACCCACCUUGUUGACAGCAAGUAUGAUCUGGCCAAGUGCCAGAUGUACAACGAGAAGAACUCCUUCGCGUUCUGGAUUGUAAUCAUUUUACUGUUUUCAUUGGCACUGGGAAAUCUGUGUCUCACUUUGGCCAUAACAGGUAUAUUGAAAAUUUACAAGGGUAUGGAAAACAUAGAACUGAUCCAGAACGAGGAGACGGUAAAAUUCUUCGGAAAUAUUGAUUUUGAUAGAAUCUACAAGCAGGAUGGCAAGCUGGAGGGAUUCCACGAGGAACCCAUGGAGAUAACGGGUGAUGAUGGACCAGUGUCAGUCAAUCUGGUAAACCGGAAUGGCCAUUCGCAUAACAAAAUUUACCUGUCGAAAAAUGGCAGCAUUCUAAAGGGCAUCAAUCAUAUGGAAGUAAAGGACGCUAUCACGGGGCGGACCGUUUUUUCGACAUCCCGGCCAACCUACAACAUGCCAGAGGGGGCAAUCGUCCUGCAUACGAAUCAAGUGAACGCUGGAAAGAUAGCGUCCCCAAUCAACGAUACGCUCAAGUUCCAAACCCGUAAUAAGUUUACUCUGAAGGGCACCGAAGGAACUCGCUUGGAAUCGAAGGAAAUUAUCUGGACGGCGGAUCAGAACGUAUUUCUCAAAUCGGAUAACGGUAGCAUGGUUAUCGUUGGAGCUAACGGGGUCUACAUAAAUGUUAAUAGCAUUCAAAUUGUUCAGGGUGAUCAUGGACUGCGCGCUGGAAACAAUCAGUUUAAGCUUUGCAUUUGCUAUCCACAAGGAAAGUUAUUCCGAGUGCCGGUACCAAAAUCGCACAAUGUACGAGCCAGUUGUGCGUCAUUUAGCAGCUGGAACGAUCCGUGCGUUAACUAAUAUUGCUACAAAUAGUAAUUAGUUGUUGAGUUUCAUAUCAGAAACACUAGAGAACGUGCAAUUGUGCAACUGCCAAUUAUGUAUCAAUUAGUCAAUAUUAAACUAAUCUCUUAUCAAA